AUGCAGGCGCUGAGAAAGAAACGCGGGCUCACGGCCUCUUUUGGGGGGCCCGGCCCGAUGCCUUCCCCGCGAGCAGGGUCACCCCCAAAGUGGGGGUUCGCGCCCUGCUCACAGGCGUCCCCCGGCUGCAGGACUCAAGGACCGAGACGCAGGUCGUUAGAGAGCGCCCACCGUGGACCCAAGCCGCAGCAGCUUCAGCCACCAGAAAGGCCCAGAAAGUGGUCGGUGGGCUCUGUGGUCUUCUCCAUGAGCCCCAAGUCCAAGGGGGGGAUCCCUCGGGAAUUGGCAUCUACCACCAGCACCGGACAGGAGAGCCCACUGCGUUGGGCUGGUCGCAAGUUUGAGGAAAUCCCCAUCGCACAUAUCAAGGCCUCCCACAACAACACCCAGAUCCAGGUGGUGUCAGCUGCCAACCAGCCCCUGGCCCGCACAUCCUGUGGCACCGAGGGCUUCACUAAUGCCAAGAAGGGUACAGGCAUCGCAGCGCAGACGGCAGGCAUCGCAGCCGCAUCGAAAGCUCUUGGAAAGGGCGUGACCCAUAUCCGAGUCGUGGUCAAGGGCCUGGGACCCGGACGCCUGUCCGCCAUCAAGGGCCUGACGAUGGGAGGCCUGGAAGUAAUCUCCAUCACCGACAACACCCCCGUCCCACACAACGGCUGCCGCCCCAGGAAGGCCCGGAGGCUAUGAGGCCCCACAGGAUGCUGGUCAGGAGGAAGCCACAGUGGCAGGGAAGCACUGACCGCUCCAGCCAUGGUGCCCGCACCCAGAAAUAAAGACUGUUCC